AAUCUCUGGUGGACGUGACCCUCUCGUGCGAGGGUCAAAGUCUGAAGGCACACAAGCUCGUGCUGUCAGCAUGCUCGCCGUACUUCAAAACCCUCUUUCAAGACCACUCUGAGUCGCAUCCGAUUGUGAUAUUGAAGGAUGUGAAGUUUUCGGAGCUUAGGAACAUUAUUCAGUUCAUGUACAAAGGAGAAGUGGAGGUGCACCAGGAUGACAUCCAGUCGCUUAUCUGCACGGCGCAAGGCCUCAUGAUCCGAGGCCUGGCCGGGACACGCUCCAACGUCAGCGGACUGCACUUUGCCCCGGGGGCGCCUGGUGACCCACCCCUGCGACCCGAAGCGCCAGAUGACCUAGACCGAAAGCGGCCUCGCUCCGAGCUCGACUCGGGCGGCGCCGGCGGCGGUGGCGGUGGCGGCGGCGGUGGUGGCGGUGGCGGUGGCGGUGGUGGCGGCGGCGGUGGCGGGGGCGGAGGCGAGCCGCCGCCCGCCACCGCCCCCACCUACCCGCCCGGCCCGACCGCCAGCAACGGGGAGGAUCAGACUGUGAUAAAACGGCCCAAGAUAGAGAUGGACUCGGGGGAGGAAAACUCCACCGACGGGAUAGAGUCGGUAAGUACCGUUUGCAGUGCCAGUGGCCUGCUCUGAGUGCUGAUGUCCCUCUGUUGUGCCACACCCUCAGAACACCGGCCAGUUAGGCGUUCCAAGGUCUGACAACACAGGUGCACAUCACCCACAUGCGGCGAGAACACUGGCCAGUUACGCGUGCUAAGGUCUGACGACGCAGGUGCACAUCACCCACCUGCGUGAGUGUCAUGGCCACGUAGUAGAACCGCUCCAGAGCCGAACCAAAACGCAGCAGACUAACACACGAGAUUUCACGAGAUUUCGCGAGAUCGCAGCAUGCCACGAGUUGUCACGUCGCGUCGGAGAACGUGGGCAAACGCGGACGAUUGAAAGCUGCAUUCGAAUUGCGCUCAGCAGGCAGAUCUUAUAUAAUUAUAAUCAUAAUACAAUAUCUUAAUUAUAAUAUAAUAUCUAUCUUAAAUAUCUUAAAUAACAUGAUAACUGAAAAAAUGUUUUACACUGGUGAGUUCGGCUGAGACAGUGGUAAUAGCCUUAUUCCUCGGAGAAAAAAAAUCAAAAGAAUGGAGAUAUAGUUGGGUUAAUAUUUCGGCAACAUGUCGUUAUCGAAACAGUAGCAUAAAUUUGUUCUGCCAUGUAGCUGUCAUGCAGUUGUCGAAGGCCCCGACGCGUUUGGUUAUCCUAAACUACUGGCAAAGCAAAUAUGCAAGGGAAAAUACCACUGAAUGUCAAUUCCCCUAUAUGCAUGGUGCUACAGGGUUAUGAUGGUGGAGGUAUGCGGGUGGAAAUGCAAGUGCCUUAAGUAACGGGAUUUGUUUUACCUAUUACAGUGGCAUCUGGAGAUAAUUUCUCGAACCAUGCAAUAAUGGCGCCAUGUUGCCUUGAAGUGAAGGCCCCAGCUACAAAAAUGGCCGUGUUCUUACCUAUGUAUCGAAAAGCAUGCUCUAACUGACCGAAAUGGUUCGAACUAAAUGCACAUAUGCGUAGUGAGAGACCUUACGGACAGAUAAAACGUUUCAUAAAUGCGGGAUGUUUGUAGCCUGGGUACGUAGUUGCAAGAGAACGCCAGAGAAGAUAUUUGCUCCCUUUAUUUGUAAAUAAUCACGCGAGUGUCAUGAAUUAAAGUAGCCAUCCUAUCAUCCGGACGAAUAUACCGUGCCGUCCAGCAUGUACUUUGUGUUUUAUUGCAUAUUUGAUAGUCGGUGCCCACACAUUCGUCUUAUCGCUUGCAAGUUUCAAGUGCUCUUAUUGCGUUGAGCCGCGCAGGGGCCAUGCAUCCGAAUUGUCCGUCCGAGUUUCCCACUGUUAAGUAAGCAAUUGCACUUAGCCGUAUUAAAACUUUACUAAUAACCGGGCAGUGCGGCGCCUGACGUCAACUGAAGCGUCUCCACGGGGCGUCUGGACGCCGCUGCUUUGCGGUCAUUAAUAGCGUCUCGGCGCCGGCCGUUUGCGUGGCCCCACCAUGACAGGCAGAAUCGUGAGCGCCAGAACGGACCGGUCCUGGUACGGGUCCUUGGAGUACGCCCCUGCGUCAUUCGCGUUUCGUGGCGGUAUCACGGAGACCGCCGGCCCGGAGCUUCCCUCCGACCUUUCGCAAUCUUUUAUGGGCGCUCAGGGUGCCCCUAUGCUGCCCGUCGCACCCACAGCGGACGCUCUCAC